UGCACUUUACUCAUUAACUACAGCGGCGGCGGCGGGACGCAAGUUGCCCAUUGGCUGCCGGGAGAGCGCCCUCAGCAGCCGAAGAAGAGCUCAGUGGGACCAAGGCGAAGCAGCGGCGGCGGCGGCGCAUCCUCGACGCCUCUUGUUUGUUUCGGGGCGGGAAAGUGUCUCUGGUUGAGGAGGAGAAGAAGCAGCAGCGGGCGCGUCUCUUCCUCUUUCUUUCCCAUAACGGGACGAAAGCGCUUCACCGCCGGGCGCCUUGGAGACUCAGGCGUUUAUAAAGCGGGGAAAGAGACGAACGGACUGAUUGGCGCUUCUCCUUCGAUGUCACCCGCCGUUUAGGGACUCGGAGACCCGUUCCCACUUUGGAGAGAAGGCGUUUCUGAGGGGAAAUCCUCUGGGAUUAUCGCGAGGGGGGGAAAGAUGCCGCCCGCCCGCUGGGCCCUCGGGGUGGUGGCCCUGUACCAGGUUGCCCUUGGCCUCUACUUUCCCAGGAAAGACUAUCAUGAGAACGUCUAUCUUGACCAGCCUGGAGGAUCCCCACUGUUGCAGAUCCAUGCCUUGAAAGAUUCCGAGAAGGAAAAGAUCUACUUUUGGCUUUGCCCACAGCUCCACAUCCCAGGAGUUGGAACUAAAGACAAUCUCUGGUUUCAAAUUAAAGAGAAAACAGGACUUCUUUUCCUCAAUAAGAGUCUGGAUAGAGAAGAUUUCGAGACACUGUUUGCAGGGAAUUGGAUGUCAAUGCCAAAGCUUAUCCUCCAAGUUUAUCUAACUUCCCAACCAUUACAAGGGAAAGAUUGCCGAGAAUCAUACAACAAAGCAUUGGUGAAGCUAUCUGUCAUCAAUGGCACCAUGCCAGCUUGUGGUGCUGUGCCUUCAAGCCAGCUUUGUUUUGCCAAUAUGGACCUCUCCUUUCACAUCAAGGAGAACAAGCCACCAGGAACAUUUCAUCAUCUCCAGCGGCUUUCUCCACAACACCAGUGCCACAAUGCAAGCAUUUCCUAUAAGGUGAUAGCAGAUGAAGGAAUGCCAUUCCAUUUCAACGAGGACACCACAAGUAUCAGAGUGGCACAACCUCUGGACCGGGAGGAGCGAGAGAAGUAUGAGCUGAUUGCAAAGUGUACAGUGAGAGAAGGAUCCAAGAAGACUUCCCAGGAAAUGGCCUUACUUGUAAAUGUGUUUGAUGAAGAUGAUAUGCCACCCUUCCUGCCCAAUGGCACUAACUCAGCAGAUGCUGUGGUAGAGUUCAGCCGGAAAGAGGGCACAGUUCUUGCAGCAUUAAUGGUGUAUGAUGCAGACACCACUCCUAUUUUCCCCAUAGAGAGUAGCAGAAAAAAGUACACUGGCACCAUAAGUUCCUCUGAUCCAUGGAUAAAAGAAACAUUUCGGGUGGAGCAUAACUUCCAUGAGAUCUAUUUCAGCCCAAAUGGCAGCCAAGUGAGGGGAACACGUCAUGAAUACAAACUGGUAUUAGACAAGAAUAUUUCCGUUACUGAAAGUCGCUCCCUCCAGCUGGAUGUUAUUGUAAAUGACACGGAAUAUCAGGGGGCUAACAAAUCCCUAAUGCUUCACUUCAAUGUCACAAUUCUUCCAAUCAGCAUCCAGUUUUCAAAUGUGACUUAUCAGUUCACAGUAAACAGAAAUGCUGCCAACUUUUCACAAAUAGGAAAACUUUGCAUCGACAACUGUAUGAGAUUUUAUGGUGUCAACAUCACGUACAGCUUACAAACGCCUAAUAUCAGCUGUUAUGCUGUGGAAAUCACCCAAGGCCAUGAGGACAAGUUUGGAAGCCUCUAUGUCAAUGAUUCUUCUGUGCUACAGAGACCGGAGUGCAAAGAAAUACAAUAUCCUGUGCUAGCUAAAGAGGAGAGGAGCAAGAAGGAAGCUCACACCUUUCUGACAGUUGUGCUUGAUGGAUCACUUAUACAUAAUGAUGAUGACUGUCCAGACUCAUGUGCCGUGAGCAAGACCCGAUCGGAAUGCGAAGAGUGUGGUGGUGUUGGAGUGCUAAUGGGAAAAUGCCAGUGGAGACAGGGAAGUGGGAAAGGAAUAACUACAAAUUAUUCCACUUGCAGUCCUAGCAUCAAGACUUGUCCUGAUGGUACCUGUGAUGCUGUUGAGAAUAAAGAUAAAGGGAUAUGCCCUCAAGACUGCACAAGGAAUAACAUCAUUGGUGGCCAUCAGAAAGGAAUUAUGGGAACUGGAAUCAGGGCAGGACAUGGGGUUUGCCACUGCUUUCCAGAAGCAAGUUGUUACUGUGAGAAAGAUGAUAUCAGAGAGCCAUUGUGUGAUGAUAUGUGCAAAACGGUGAUUGCGGGGGGAGUCCUGCUGAGCUUAAUUAUUUCAGUGCUCCUUUCUUCUUACUUCAUCCAUCGUUACCACAAGAAUUCUCCAAAGACACCCAUUGCUUCAGCAGAGAUGACCUUCCGGCGCCCAGCUCAGUCCUACCCUAUAAGCUACUCAUCUACUAAUGUCCGCCGACCCUCAAUGGAUUCUGAGAACCAGAUGUCAGUAGACAAUUUUAAAAUACCCGAGGAUCCAAAGUGGGAAUUUCCUCGCAAGAAUUUGGUGCUUGGCAAGACACUUGGAGAAGGAGAAUUUGGAAAAGUUGUCAAGGCAACUGCAUUUAGACUUAAGGGGAAGGCUGGCUAUACUACUGUUGCAGUCAAAAUGCUAAAAGAAAAUGCUUCCCAGAGUGAACUCAGAGAUCUGCAUUCCGAAUUCAAUCUUUUGAAACAGGUCAACCAUCAACAUGUCAUCAAACUCUAUGGAGCUUGCAGCCAAGAUGGGCCUUUGUAUUUAAUAGUGGAAUAUGCCAAAUAUGGGUCCUUGCGGAGUUUUCUGAGAGAAAGCCGGAAAGUCGGAACCAGCUACAUAGGAAGUGAUGGAAACAGGAAUUCUAGCUACUUGGACAAUCCAGAUGAGCGAGCCUUAACCAUGGGUGACUUGAUUUCAUUCGCAUGGCAGAUAUCGCGUGGAAUGCAGUACCUUGCUGAAAUGAAGCUUGUGCAUCGUGAUUUAGCAGCCAGAAAUGUCUUAGUAGCAGAAGGGCGUAAAAUGAAGAUUUCUGAUUUUGGUCUGUCUCGAGAUGUUUAUGAAGAAGAUUCUUAUGUCAAAAGAAGCAAGGGUCGGAUACCUGUAAAAUGGAUGGCAAUAGAAUCUCUCUUUGAUCACAUCUACACAACACAAAGUGACGUGUGGUCAUUUGGAGUUUUGCUGUGGGAGAUCGUCACUUUAGGGGGUAACCCCUAUCCAGGUAUUGCUCCCGAGAGACUCUUUAACCUCUUAAAAACAGGCUAUAGGAUGGAAAAGCCAGAAAACUGCAGUGAGGAAAUGUAUAAUCUGAUGCUUCGCUGCUGGAAACAGGAACCAGAUAAGAGACCAACAUUUGCUGAGAUCAGUAAAGAGUUAGAGAAAAUGAUGGUAAAGAGCAGGGACUAUUUAGACCUUGCUGCUUCCACUCCCUCUGAUUCGCUGCUUUACGAUGAUGGACUCUCAGAAGAGGAAACGCCCCUCGUGGAUUGUAAUAAUGCUCCCCUCCCUCGAACCCUUCCUUCCACAUGGAUUGAAAACAAACUCUAUGGCAUGUCAUACCCGAACUGGCCUGAGGAGAGCCCCGUUCCACUCACAAGAUGCGAUGGCCCUAAGUCUGUGUUUUCAAGAUAUGCAAAUGAUAGUGUAUAUGCUAACUGGAUGAUUUCACCCUCAGCGGCAAAAUUAAUGGACAAGUUUGAUAGUUAACAGUUUCUUGGUGCAAGGUAACGAAUUCAGGAGGGAAGCGAAUGUCCAAAGAAUAGCCUUCCCCUUGGCUUAUUCUUUGUCGAUUAACAACUGGUUGUGAAACAACAGGAAUUUCUAGAAUGGGAAACUUUCCCCCCACUUUUUAUCAGUUCCUGAAGUGUUUUUUUCUUUCUCUUUCUCUCUUGUGAUCAAUACUGUAUUUGCUAUAAUUGACUUUCUCCCUUUUUUGAAGGCAUAUCAAACUGGGUCACAUCAUAAUACUAGUGCUUGGUUAGGUUUUUUGCCAUACUCCAAGUUGUCCCUUUUGGUCAAUUUGUAUUAGUUGUGGCCACCGAAUUCCAUGCUUACAGUAUUCAGGGCACAGGCUCGGUGCUAGAACUGCCACAAAGGGUGUGGGGGUGAAAUGUUGUUGUUUCAUUAUCAACUGUUAUUUCUGUGGUCAUUGCUAAGGAAAGGCAAAUUGAUCAAAGCAAGAAGCACAAAUUAUAUGACGGGAAAAAUUUUCUCCCAUAAUCCUGAGCUUACCCUGCAGUUAAGUGUUACCAUGUUGUUGGUAGCAAAUCCUAAAUUAAAGGGGAUUUGGGACCAAGAGCUUUAAACAACUCAACUUGAUGUUGAGGCUCAACAUUUGAUGACUUGGAAAUAUAUAAAAAUACAUUGUUGUACCUGAUGGGAAAACAGAUGUGUGUUUUGUUUUAAGUCAGGGUUAAACUCUUCUUACCUUUAGCACAAUGGAAAACUUUGAUACCAGAUAUACUUGUAACAGAGACUUGAUCUCAGAAUGCCCUCCUGACACAAUUUACUUUCAUUCCUGUCCAUUUCACUGACCUUUCAAAAUCUGCUCAGGAUGUUUUGAAAUGACCUAGCAUAAAGGGACUCGGUUUGUAGUCAUGCCUGGUGAAUUUCAGCCCUUUCAGGUCAAACUCUGAAUUUCUGGCACCCACUGCACAACUAAUGGGGCAGCACAGAGAUAGGACUGGCUCCCUUUUAAUUAUGGGAAUAAGAACUGGCAAUGCUUUCCCUUGGCCAUUCAAUUGAAUACUAUGAACCAGUGUUUCCAAUAUCACAGUAAAAGAUGUUUUCAAACCAUGAUAAAAUGGAAUCCCUUAUCUCAGUCACAGCUAAUAUUGAUCUCUAGGCCAUCCAGUUUAUUGUGGUGAAAAUAAAGGAGUUUUCUGGAGAAAGCAUUCGUUCCCAAAGCCAGACCAUAUUUCUCAAAGCACAGUUAACAGAUAGGCUGUGCUUCAUCUCUAUUUGUUCUUGAGAAACUUUAGGAUACACGGUUCUUUUUUUUUGUGAGUCAUGCAUAGGCAAACUUUACUCUCUUUUUGUUAUUUUUUCUCUGUCCAUCUGGAAAAUGUGUCUAAGGGUUUGCUCGUUUUUUUGAGAAGAGAGUAAAGCUAAUGGGUGUGAUAUUUUGAGUAUGGUGUUUUGGAAGUUGAUCUGACUUGCAGAGCUUAGCUGAAAUAGUUAGCAGACAUGGCUUUACAUUUUUGUAUCUUGUUCGUGAUCUCAUGAUGUUAAAAAAGAGAGAGGGGUCAUUUUUCUAAAGAAUGCUGGAACAUUAACCCACUAUGUUUAUCCUUUUUGGAUAUGCUUGUGUAAUCAAAAGUUAUACCAAAGUAUUGCUUCUGUCUCUUGGGUUUCUGCUGUGUAAUUCUAUGUGUCUCCAUUAAAUGUCCCAGUUAUUCCAGAAAUCAAUGAGUCAGAUUGCCAAAACCUGUAACCACUCCUUUUACAUGAGAGAUCUCAGCACCUCACUGGGAAAAACGGUUUGAAAAUAAGAUUGUUCUCAGACAAAGGGGCAGGAGAAGGUUUCUUUUUGUAAGCUAACUAUUACGCUAGACACUGUGUUUACAGAAAAAAAACUGCCUACAGAGAUGUGAAACAAUCCUCAGUAUACUGUAACAAGCAAUCAUCUCAAAUAAUAAAAAUGUAAAUGUUCAAA